AUGGUGUUAAAAUCGGGCACCUCAUCAGUAUCACAUAAAUAUAUAGCCGCAAAAUUACGCACCUUCUCGGCCACCCCAUAUAAUAGCUCAUCCAUUAUCAUACAUUCCUUAUCAUUAUCUUUUCCAAAUCGUAUAACAACAAGUCUUUCAUCCUCUGAGAGAAUAGCUUGGUCUACGUGCCAGCCGGUAUGCAAAUGCGGAAGAAAAACAGAUCCCAUGAAUGCAAGUAGAAGAAAGAAGAGGAAUAUCGAUGAGCGCGCAAACACCGCGCUUCGUGCGGCGGUGAGGGUUCCAAAAUAUUUUGCACCCACCACAAAUACCAACAUCAUGCCUCCCGAUCACCUUGAUGGAAAGCCCACACCAGGAAUCUUGACCACUUUUGACUUUCUACCGCCAGCUCAAAAAGCAACUUUCAACGUUCAGCUCGAUAUGCUACGGUCACAAAAAGACUUUCCACUCUCACGCAAAUGGAUAGUGUAUUUUACGAAAAGGGGCAAGACAGCCAUUACAGAACUCGAGCGAGUGUUCGCUUCCAAGGAGGACUAUGUCCAUGGAUUUCGGGACCUUCAACAAAAAUGGAGCCGAAAUAUCCAGAUCGAACAAAUCCAUGUUAUGAGAAUGGGGUUCUACCCGAAACGCAAGUCAAUGUUGUUCGAAACAGGAGGCACGAUGGAAAUCAAGGUUUCAAGUGAGGAUUGGGGCAAGUUUGAAGCCAUUGUGGCGGAAAUGCUUGAAGACAAAAGUAAGUAA